AUGUCUUCUCCCAAGGAAACUAAAGCCUUCGAUAGUGCUCACGCUGCUACGCACAAGGCUGCUGCCUGUGUGUCUAACAGAAUGUCGUCCCCGGUCGGUGGAACCCCUUUCAGCCCAAGCUACAACUGGCAAACCACCUAUGAAGUCCUUGCCGAUGCUACCCAGUGUGCUUGCGAUAUGUAUAAGCAGCGAAACACUGGUGGUGAGUGGUGGGACACAUGUACUGAUUGUACUUUUGAUGGAACGAUUUGCACCUCAGCCGAGGGCCACAUCGGUGGCGAUGAGUUUACUUAUUACUGUGAAGACAAGUGUGGCGCUCAGGGUGCUGAGGCUGAGUAA